AUAUAGCAUCAUGGAAGGCAGAUAUCCCUGGGAAAGUUUCUUAUGUCAAGCACCUUUUGAGUUGUUCCCAGUUUCCAGACUGUAGUAGAGAUGUCAUUCUUAUGUUAGAGAAAUAUUUGAAAGCCUAUGCACCAGACACACCUCCAAACCCAGGACUUUAUCUGUCAGCAUUUCUUGACGAUGUUGUUGACUUAUACAUAUUUCACAGCAAGGGUUCUGGCUCAAAACCUUUGUCUGCCAUUCAGGAACUUCAGCUCUUAGAAGUAAUAUGUUCCUGCUUUCAAGACCAACCAUCUGAUAUUGUGAGAUGUGGAGUGUUUUAUUUGCUGUUUGGAAUAUCAAGUCAAGAUAUCAAAGAUGGAAAGGUUGAAAGGAAAAUUGAAAUUCUUACAAAACUUGCCUCCAUGGCUGUGGCAUUGCAGUGCAACCUUUUGUUAGAAUCAAUGGCCGUAUGGAUGCAGAGACAUCACCACCUACCUAGUCUAGUGUUAAAAGUGACAUCAUCUAUUGUAGAAGACUACACAUGCCUUGUGCCAGCUUCAUUGCCAUUCCUUCAGUCCCUUGCACGUCACUCCCCACAGAUGGCUUGUCAGUUAAUGAUUGCUCUUAUUAGUUUGUAUCCUGUUGUUACUUCAGUUAAUCAGCAAGAUGAAAGGUUAUCAACUGGGUCAUCAAGUCUACCUCCCCCGGCUCUCCUUAGAGUUGUGGCAUCCUGGGUCAGUGACAACCCUGAACUGUGUAUAAUGACUUGUCCUGCCAAUCUUCUGACAGCUGGAAGUUUGCGAGGAUCAGUAGCUUCUCCUGAGUCCACCUCUCUUCCCAUGGGUCCUGUGUUAGGAUUACUGCGUUGGGUAGUAUUAAUGCCAUUAGAUUUCAAUGUCUCCACAAGCUUUCUACAUAUGCAUAAGGAUUCUAGAGUGCUAUGCUCUCAGCUUCACCUAGCAAUAAUUCAAGCUUUUUUACUAGCUGGCAAAGAUAAAGAAGAUCCACAAGAUGAAAUGGAACUGGAACCUGGAGAAGUUAUGGACGAGUCAGACAAUCAACAUGUAAUCAAAGGAACAGAUCUGAAAGAACUCUCUCAAGAUAUGAAGAAACUUAUAGACAAGUUAGCAACUGUAGAAUUUAAUCACAGCAUCAUUGAACAACAAGUUCAGUUGUCAAUGGAUAGGUUUUCUCAAACUUUACAAGUUGCAAUGGCAACAGGAUGCCUCUCCGCUGCCAAAGAUGAGCUGCAAUCUGUAUGCGAACAUCUUCCAUCCAACAGGUGAGUUCUUUGAUUCAUCAAGGAAAGGUGUAAGUCAUCUCAAUGUUUUAUACCACAAUUUACACAAAUGAAAAUGUAUAUGAACAUCAAAAAGUUUUAUGAAAGGUGACACAAAUGUACUAUUAAAUGAAUAGAAAAAUUCGUCAGUUCUCAUUUCCUUGUUUCCAGUUUCCUGUCUGUCCCACUGUUCCAAAGAAAUGAAGCAUCUCAUCUCAAUUUAUCCAGGGGUUGGCUUCCCAAUAAUAUAAAGGAUUCUGUCGGUAUUUCUAGCUAUAAAGUCACUUCAUUUUUUGGUAAUACUUAGAAUUUCAGUUUUAAUUCAAUUUAAUAUUUUUAUACAAGAUUUUAUACUCUGAUAAUUGUUUCUUAAUAUUAUAGAUAUAUU